AGGGCAACACGGAACACACAUAAGAGUUUCCGGUUUUUUUUCAUAGACAGUGGAAUUGAGAAAAGGACUAUCCGUGAUAGUAAAUUCUAUAUUUAUUCACAAAAUAAUGUUCCGUUAUCUUUAAGAGAAAGUAAUUUGGCAUUUUGGACGGUUUUUUUUUUUUUUAUUAAUUAAUAUUCAGAAUAAAAAAUGUUUAAAUCAUUAAUGAGAUUUAAACAAAAAAAAGACAGUGUUUGCGCGAGACCAGGUUGUAAUAAUCAAAUUAAAAGAGAAAAAAAUGGAACCGAAUUUAAUUAUUGUAGUUCAAGUUGUCAAAUGAACCACUAUUCCCCUGGUUCAAGCGAAUUUUAUGAUGAAUUUUUGGAUUCUCCGUCCCAUACUCCAACUUCUUCAAAUCAAUGGGGAGUUUGGUCACCUAAUCAAGAAGACUCACCUCCUUCAUAUUCCACUCUUAAUAACGACAACGAUCUUUUUGGUUCUAUUGAUAAUGUUCAAGUUACACCGCUUUGGGAAGCUGAAGAUGAUCCUCCUUUAAAUACUUCAAAUUCUCGAAACUCUCGAAAUUCUCGAAAUUCUCAUCGUUCUUCUUCCCCUAAUCUGGUAGAUGAUUUUCCACUUUGGGUGGAUUCUCAAGUCGACCCCUUAUGGACUCCUCCAAAUAGGAAUACUUCAAGUAGGAAUACUUCAACUAGGAAUACUACUUCAAGAAAAUUUUCACCACCCGCGACUCCUCGAUCAAAUAGUCCUUCGGAUGAGGAAGAAAUUCAUUGCCCACGAUGUACAUUCUUUAUUCGUCCAAAUAAGACAUCCUGUGAGAUGUGUGGUACAAACAUAACUAGACAGGAACCAAAAAGAAGUCAUAAUAAGAGCUCGUCAAAACCAAAAUCUACUAUAACAUCUUAUCGCGAUUUGUACGAAGAGGAUGAAGAUGAGGACGAAGAAGAAGAAGAGGAUGAAGAUGAAGAUCCAUUUGCAGAUCCAACACCAAGACGAAAUAAUCGAUCUUCUUAUUCGUCGCGGGAUAACUAUAGAAAUUCAUCAUCAUCUAAAUCGCGUAAUUCAGAUGAUUAUGAUGACUAUAUUUUCGAUAAUAAUGAAUAUUCUCAAUCGCGAAAUCAAUCUUCUUCGCGUAACCGUAGGUCGAGUGAUAAUAGGUCUUCUUUAUAUCAAUCUCCAACGCCACCAAGUGACGAACUUUGGGUUGACGAAGAUGAAAAUUAUUUUGAAUCUAUCCCACCUCGCAGAAGUACAAGACAAAGGGCUCCACCUAAACCUUACACCCCACCUUCCUUUUUCAAAGACACGGAGAGUCGUCCAAAUAGAAAUGUGCAAAAACCACCUACACCUCCUUUGAAGGAGAAACAGGAGAAACAAAUUACAUGUCCAGCGUGUAAUUUCGACAAUCAUCUUUCGAUGACUCAUUGUGAAAUUUGUUAUACCCAAUUAAAUAAAACUCCUGAACAGGAUAAUAAGAAAAAUCCAAAUUUUAAUCGAAUAGAACAAACGCGAGCGAAAAAAGCAUGUCCAAAUUGUUCUUAUUAUAAUGAUGCUACCAGCGUUCAAUGUGAAAUGUGUUAUCGUCCUAUGGAAACUAUCCGUAAAUCAAUUUUUACAUUACCUUCCUUCUUCUCACAUGAUGUUAAUAUGACACAAUGCCCAAAUUGUACAUUUAUGAAUCAUCACACGAUGGCACAAUGUGAAAUGUGUCGAGGCGAAUUACCAGGUAGCAAUCUCAAACAGCAACAACAACAAUAUCAACAAUUUGUUGAAAAUAUGCCAGGACCCAUAACUAAAUUAAUUAAAUUGCCGGUGGAUGACCACGAUUACAUGACUGUACAGCAACAUUUCAAGACCGGAGUUCAAAAUUCAACCAUUUUAGCAAUUUUCAGAGUAAUUAUGCCGGAGAGAAUAAUUAAAGCACAUGAAGCAUACCAGAAGCAACUUGCCGGUAAUAAUCCGGUAGCCAAGGUUACUCAUCGUAUGUAUCACGGCUCUCACGUUGCUUGUGAUGCUAAACGAUAUUAUGGACCUUCCGCUUGGAAUUAUUGUAACGCGGCUGAUUGUGGUUUAUGUGGCAUUGCUCAAAAUGGAAAUAUUUGCGCAAGAUCAAAAUAUGGCGGAAGAAUGUGGUUUGCAAGCAGUUCUGCAACUUCUUUAGGAUAUUGUAGAAACGAUCCAAUUAAAGCCAUGUUUGUUCAAGAAAUCAUAUCGCAAACUGGUGGAGAUGUUAUUAUUGUUGAUAAAGAAGCGGCAACGCUUGUGAAAUUCUUGAUUAUUUUCCAAUAAAAUACAUUGUAUAAAAUUUAUAUGUACAGAAUUUAGGAUGAUAAGCUUGUAUUUCUUUCUUUGUAUUUUAUAUUUUGAAUAUAUUUUUCCAACUUUUUUUUAUCGUUCAUUAAAGUAUUUCUCUUGAUACAAAUACAGUAAAUAAAUAGAAGAUAUAGGAUAUAUUUUUAUAUAAUUACAAUUCGAUUUUACGUUCAUCGCAUUUACAUAAAUCUUACUCUUAGCAUUAUAAAUCUAAGUAAUCUUAGUCUUCUGACAAAUAUUAUAUUACCCAGUGAGAUCGAGGUUUAAAAGGUACAAGUAACUUUAUAAAUUUAAAUUAUAUAAUGGAUGACGUAUUAGCUACUCCAGCAAAAUUCACUAUUACGUGACAAUUUGGCGUCAGUUGCACCCAAGUGACAAAUAAUGGGGUGACGAAUAGUUUGUGUGG